UGCUGCAUAGUUUUUGUGCUCUGGCUUUGUCAUCUUACUAUAAGUAUUCCUUCAAAAAAUAGUAUACAUGUGGAAAUGCCAAUCACACUGGAGAGCUCUAUCAUGAUUGUUCAGGCAGCCCCACCUGAAUUGUUUGUACCUUAAAUCUCUUAUACCAAUUAAAGUAGUGAUCUAAACACUCUUACAUUUCUUUACGGAGGGAGUACCAAUAUACUGUUCUGUUUUCAAUGGCAGUGAGACACUUUUACCUUGUCCAUCUUCCCAGUCUAAAGAAACUCAUCCAAGUUAACUUUGUUACCUUAAUUCUGUCCACCUUAACAAAUCUUCUUCAGCUUCCUUUAUAACAUAUGGAAUAUAACAGGAUAUCCAAGAAGCUGCUUUUGACAUAGAUUGCUUCCAUUCAAUUGCUGUAUGUGCUUUUUAUCUGAUAACUCAGUUCAAACUUGCCACAUGACAAAUCACUUCCUAAACAACAAUGUCCUGGGGAGUCUCCUGUGAGAUUAUAAUGAAUGUUGUAUCCUCAAUUUAUUAUGGUAUUCAAUCCAAAAUACUUCUCAUGAGUCAUGAGUCAUGAAUAUGACCCUUCGAUGGUUACAUUGUAUCACUAUCCAUAAGACACUUCAAUUCCUCCGAGUUUAGUGUUGCAAUCCAUAGCUCAUACUAUAUCAUUUAUCUUGUUUUCAAUGGCAGUGAGACACUUUUGCCCUGUUGAUCUUCCCGGCCUAAAGAAACUCAUCCUAGUUAGUUCUACUCUUUAGCUUCAUUUAUCGCAUUAUUUUUUUUCUGCGUCAGCAAAUAAGCAUAUGUGGAUAUUAAAGGAGAUCCAAGUGGCUGCUAUUGAGUAUUGACAUUGAAAUUCUCUAUGUGCUUUUAUCUGAUAACACAGUUGAAACUGGACACAUGGCAAAUCCAACACUGCCCUGAGUUGUCUCAUGUGACUGCAAUGAAUUGUUUGCAGUCUCCUGAAUGUUAUGGUAUUCAAUCCAAGAUACUUCCUCAUGAAUACAGUCCUUGGAUGAUUAUGCUGUAUCACUAUCUGUGAGAUACUCCAGUUCCUCUGUGUCUCAUACUUCAUCAUUUAAUUGUUAAGGUGUCAGUAUAGCACUGUAGCCAUGUCUUGACACAUGCAAAUUUUAUGUUAUUGGAAGGACUAUAGAGUACAGACACAGCUGUCUAACCGGAACCAUUAUAUCUUAAGCCACACAAAAAUAAAAAUAUAUAUCUGCAUGGAUGAAGCUAAAUCGGAAUUUUCCUCUUUACAAAGUUCUGAUGGACAGUGUAUUGUCCCUAUCAUGGUAAUCAUUGUGCGUAUGCUUGUUUCGGACCAUAAAGUUUCCUGAUUGGUUGGUUGAAUAGAUUUGGUAGGUCUGACUGCAGAAAGUGACCAUGUAUUUUAAAAUUUCAUUUACAUAUUUCGGUCCCGUCAGACAAGGUAGAUAAUGCAAGUCCCUUUUUAUCCUCUUACUACAGUAACUAUGGAUUUAGCUUCAGUAAAAGCUAAAUCCAUAGUUACUGUAGUGAGAAUAUAUUAUGCAAGUGAUUGUUAUCAUCUACUGUUGACAUUUUAUCCUAUGUGUUUUCUGCUGUGACUCGGUUUCUUCCAGAAUAAAGCAUCUGCCAUACUAUAACCACUUCUGUAGGUAGAAGAAUAUAAAUUACCAAUAUUCAUCUUUCAGGCUAUCAGUGAUUAUCUCCUGAGAAUAUGGAAGUGAUCUCCAUGCAUGUGCCAGUGCUACCGUCCACGCCAACUUGCUUAUCAAGGAAGUCUGUGCCGGAUCUGGGUGAUUUGUGUCAGCUAUGUGGCCAAUGGCAUGUGCAGCCUGAUCUCUGGUACCUUGAUCUGCUCAGAUGCCAUGUUUUCAGUUGCCAUGUGCAUGACAUGUUACCUUAAGAAAGAAGGGGAGCAACAGUUACUUCAGUUAUGCAUCUGGUGCAACAAUUUCCGCGUGGCAGGGGCAGAACUUCUUUGCUUACUUUAAGAUGUGACCUUGGUUCUGACAGCAAUUUCCAUCUCGUUUGAGAUGUGUGGACAGAACGAAAGAAUUGCUCAAGUUCAGAUGCAGGUAUUGCGGUUGAUGUCCUGUGCUGCCCCUGAUGACUGGAAAGGAGUUCCAACUUUGUGGUAUACAGGCCAGAAUAGAGAGCCAUCUGAUUCAUAUAUCUCUCUAGUUAAAGGUGAACAUGGAUGCAGCGGAACUUUGCCUUCAGGAGUGAACUAAACGUGGGAAUUACAGAAUAUCGUGAAGUUUGAGCACGACAUCGACAAAAUAACCCCCAAAUCCGUGAAUGAUUACCAGAAGGAAAACAGAGGAGUAAACAAAUCCAAAUCCGUUAAUAUACUAUAUUCCGCAAGCACCUUUUUGUUUCAGAGUCAAACACUAAAACCUGCAAGAGUAGAUGGGCAGUUCGCGCUGCCACCUAAAGCUAGGACUAGAGCAGUCCUUUUCCGAUACAUGAACUGUUAUUUGGCCUUGCAGCAAUGAUGAGGUUGAAGCAAAUCAUGGUGGUGGUUGCUCAGAUAAGCGGAGCAGAGCGGGCGCUGAUUGCUCAUCAUUAGCAGGGGAUGAGAGAAUCUUCCAUCAGUUGGAUCGCACUUUGAGAGGUCAGGUUUCUGACAUGAUAUUGAAAGAACAACCUCUUCACAAAUAUAGAAUAAAAUCCAGUGGCCGUGUCCAAAACGUCAGGAAUCUUUCAUCGGUUUCGCACUGAACAUUCCUUGCCUUUACCUCGACCAAAUUCAGUUGAUCAGAUGACAUAACAUAAGGAUACCCUAGUUCCUAGUAGUUGCUGUACUUGUUUUACUUUCUUCAGCAACCUAGUAGCCAAAUAAUCACAUGAUGGUAUGUUUAUCUUUGUAACCUUUUUCUUUCUCCCCUUUUUAGGGCAGCAUGGUGCUGAGCUUACCUUCUCCCAUGCAAACACAUGUCGAGCCAGUGAAGUGGAAGAAAAGUAAGUGCUUCUGGUUUCACUGCAGAAGGGAGUAGAGUCCUUCAGAGUUUGCACUACAUUUGCUAACUAUGGUAGUUACAGGUAAUCAAUCUGAUGAAGAUAGCAAAGAACUCCAGAAACUAGUGGUGCCGGCCCGUUGUUUCGCUUUGCAUUAGUUUAGUAUCAUCCUAAGAGCAGAGCAUAUAAAACAGAGCUCCGGGGCUUAAACAAAGCCUCGUAUCAAGCCAUUGAUUAGAACAUCAGAGCUAACCCGUUGAACACGCUAACCCGCGACUCAACACUCGUCCAAUCCAAGCCCCUAUAUAUUGUCAGUCCCUUUACAACUCUUUGCACCAGGCCAAGGAGGCAGCAGCAGCAGCAGCAGCCUGAGACAAGAGACCCACCCACACCAACACCCACACCCACACGCACACACACACUGGCAAUGGGGGAGCAAGGCAGGGCGAGCAACAAGAUCAGGGACAUCGUGAGGCUGCAGCAGCUCCUCAGGAAGUGGAAGCGGCUUGCGCUCACGCCCAAGGCCGGCAGCAGGCACGGUGGUGGCGGUGGUGCUGCCGGCGUCCCGCGGGGCUUCUUCGCGGUGUGCGUCGGGGAGGAGAUGAGGAGGUUCGUGAUCCCCACGGAGUACCUCGGGCACUGGGCGUUCGAGGAGCUGCUCAGGGAGGCCGAGGAGGAGUUCGGGUUCCGGCACGAGGGCGCCCUGAGGAUCCCCUGCGACGUGGAGGUGUUCGAGGGCAUCCUGAGGCUUGUGGGCGGGAAGAAGGAGGCCCUGUCCUACAGCUCUUCGGAGCAUGGGAUCUUGUGCACAUGAUGGUGGUGGCCACUUGUUUUCCGUUGUCCAUUUGUUCCCAUUCUUGGUUCUUGGUUCUUCUGAGGGGAAGAGGAGAAAGAGUUCGGCGGCUAUGAGCUUUACUUGUCCAUUAUUUGUUCCAUUCUUGGUUCUCGAUUCUUCGAAGGAGAAGAGGAGGAAGAGUUCAUCGUCUACGAGCUUCGAUGAGCUUCGGCGGUUUGUAUAAGAGGGCGUAAUGAAGGAGCCGCAUUCUUUUUGAGUAAAAAUUGAAGGAUUCGAAAUGAGUAUCUUAUCUUAGGUAAAAACUCCUUCAUAAAUAAUAAUUCACUUAUUCUUUGUUCUCCAGUUCCGUAUGUAAGGAAUAGUUUGACCUCUGCAAUCUGUCCACGCUCCGGUUGCUUUCUUGCUCAACACUUGCAAUAAUGAGAUGUCUUUUGUUGUUGUUGCGAAUAUGCAAUAAUGAGAUGUCAACUCCACGUGUCUCAGUUGAUGUUCAAACUUGUGUUCGCAUGUGCCAUGUAGCCAGUAUCCAAUAGUUCUGUCCUGAUUUACUUGUGAAGCAGCUAGUAUUCAACACUACUAAAUCAGAAACAGUUCAAGUGAAGUCAAUGGUUUAAUCUAUCACAGUCUGCACAGAUGCCUUGUUAAACUGCUUGCUGGCUCCCUCGAGACAUUUUGGAUGCUCUAAACUAGCACCUCUCUUGUUGUCCAAUUGGUUCUUCACACAUGCGCUCUGUUGAUGUACCACAGAAAGAAUAUUGCAGCAUUGUCCACUGUCUUGCAACUUGUUUUUGAGACUUGAAAUGUUGAGAGCUCCAGGAAAAGGAGGGAAGACGGGCGUACAGUUUACACAUGGGAAGAGAAUACAUAGCACAGUACAUGGUAAAAUUAUUCAGUAUGUUAGCUGCUUGUUCUCUUGGCUCCUCUCAUGGACCGCUGCCCUUCCAUAUUGAGUGAACUCUUGGGUGCGUCUUCAGUUCAGUCGCCACGUGCUCCUUGGGAUAGCAUGUGCUUUGCCGGUGGCAAGGACGGUGCACGCCCGUGGACAAUGUGCUUUGCGGGAACCAAAGUUGAGCCCCAAAAUGCAUAAUCUUGGCCAAGUUGGCACGGAGGGGAAGGGAUGGCUUCACGACCCUCCUUGGUGUGGACUCUGCCCUCGGUGCUCCUGAGAUGGCGUCUCUCUCAGCAUCUGUCUGAAGUGUUUCCCCACGUCGUGGUUUGGAACCUUCUUCCAUGAUUUGAUGAGGGCGUCAUGUGAUCCGUCUCCCUCGGCGGAAGAUUGGAGGCCAGGCACUCCCCCGGCGUCUCCUUCCCACGUAAGUAGGCGAACUUGAAGCGGGCAAGUAUUGUACAGACUUCCUUCCUCAUUCUGUUCGCACUAGUUUGAUUUCUUGCUCAGCACUUGUAAUAAUGAGAUGUCGACUCCAAGUGUCUGAGUUGAUCUUCAAACUUUGGUUCCUACCAUGUAGACAGUACCCAAUGUUUCCGUCUUGUUUUGCUUACCCAAA